AUGGAGCAAAAUAGGAAGUUAACAACAGUGGAGUAUGAUGCGCAUUGUAACUUGAAGGAUGAUCCAGCACUCACAGAUGUCAAAGGAUAUCAAAAGCUCAUAGGGAAGCUUCUGUACUUAACAUUAACUAGGCAUGAUAUUGCCUAUACAGUACAGACUUUAAGCCAAUUCAUGCAAACUCCUAAGAAGUCGCACUUGGAGGAAGCACACAGAUUGGUGAGAUACUUUAAGAAUGAACCAGGAUUAGGCAUUCUCAUGAGUGCAAAUGGUGACAUGACUCUAAGAGCAUACUGUGAUGCAGACUGGACAAGCUGUCCAAAUUCAAAAAAGUCAGUAACAUGUUACUUGGUAAAGUUUGGAAAGUCCCUAAUCUCAUGGAAGUCAAAGAAGCAAAGCACAGUAGAAAGGAGUUCAGCAGAAUCAGAAUAG